CCGCCGCCGAGACCGUGGCAGGUAUUCGUCUCGUUGCCUAGCAUGCACCAGUGUGUGCUGUGCCGCACUUCCUCCUUCCCACGCUUCCGUCGCCACCCCGCUGUCGACGUCCAGACGAUCUUCUCACCAUGUUGGUUUACCAGGAUUUGGUCUCAGGUGACGAGCUCUUGUCAGAUUCCUUUGAUUACAAGGAGCUGUUCAAUGGUGUGCUUUGGGAGGUCGAGGGCAAGUGGGUGGUGAAGGGCGCUCUUGAUGUAGAUGCCUUGAUCGGAGCCAAUGCCUCCGCUGAAGGUGGUGGGGAGGACGAAGGUGUGAAUGAUGAGGCCGUCAGAGUGGUUGACAUUACUGACACCUUCAGGCUGCAGGAGCAGCCCGCUUUUGACAAGAAGGGAUUCACGGCAUUCAUCAAGAAGUACUUGAAGAUCUUGACUCCACUUGUCCCUGCCGAACGUCAAGCCUCUUUUAAGAAAGACGUGGAAUCGGCGGUCAAGUUUUUGCUUUCUAAGCUCUCCGAUCUUCAGUUCUUCGUUGGCGAGAGCAUGAAGGAUGACUCCACCAUGGUUUUUGCUUAUUACAAGGAAGGACAGUCCAAUCCCACUUUCCUGUACUUCCGUGAUGCUUUGAAGGAAGUGAAGUGCUGAAUGGAUACAGUUAUUAGUUUGAGUAAAUCUUGUAUGGCAUCUCUUGUACAUUCCACUGUUUGAGAUGAACUGUUCGGUGCAUGAAGACGCGUGAUAUGUUGUGUAGUGUGGGUAUUUGUUAACGAUACUAUUAUUGCCUAUCAGCUGUGUCGCUUCUUUAAAGUACAAAAGAGAAAUGUGAUUUCAGUUUUGUUGCAAACAGAGCAAUGUCACGUCGCAGAAGAAAACAGUAAAGCGUGGAGUUUUAAUUUU